AUGGAGAUUCUUCAAGGACGUUUGCUAGCUUUGUUCAUUGUGGCAUUUGCCACUACUACUACAUAUCUAAUUCAAGCUCAAUCUGACCCAAAAGAAUUCAUCAGCUUGGAUUGCGGUUUACACCACGCGGUAUCUCCUUAUACCGAACCAUUAACCGGAUUAACAUACACAUCCGACGCCAACUUCACUCAAGGUGGUCAAAGUGGUCGUGUCCAAAAGGUUUGGGAAGAAGCCUAUAAGCCAUUCACAGUUCUAAGAUAUUUUCCAGACGGAGUACGAAACUGCUACAACCUAAAAGUCACUUUAGGCACUAAAUAUCUUGUCAAGGCUCUCUUCCUCUACGGGAACUACGACGGUCUUAACGAUGGCCCUAAAUUCGAUAUUUAUCUAGGUCCUAACAUAUGGACAACGAUCGAUCUAAAAACCUCUAUAGUUUCUCGAACGGAAGAGAUCAUACACAUGACAACGUCAAGCUCUUUGCAGAUUUGUCUUGUUAAAACAGGAAAGACCACACCAAUAAUUUCAGCCUUGGAGCUAAGACCCUUGAGAGAUGACACUUACAACACUACGAAUGGUUCUUUGAAGCUCUUAAAACGCUACUAUGCUAGCGAUUUUCUCGGUCCCUUAAUAAGGUAA